AUGGGCACAAGGGGCAUAAGGAGUAGAAAGGUAGAUCUGAUCAGGUCCACUAACAUAGGAAUUUAUGGUGCCACCACCAGAAUUGAGUCGGGUCGCAUUAAGCCUUUGCCCCCAAAACCCAUUUCCUAUUCAUUCCUCAUCCACCAUGCCACAUCCUCUCAGCCAUCCAACGACAGCCUCUCUCUAACCACCACAACUCCAGUCGUUCCCCACAACCACAUCGCUGAUCUCUAUCCUCUCAGCCACCACAACACUAGCUCUACCUCACAAACCCUCGUUAAAAACCCGAUGUCAAAACCUCAUCUUGCCACAAACCUUAGCAUCGAAAGCCAUCCUACUAUCGCCACAAAUCCUAAUGUUAACAUCAGCCACACAACCCAACCAAACUCUCUUGACCACCAUCUCUUCAGGCUAAACGAUGCCAAAAACCCUUUUAAAAAUUCGAUCGUCUACCUCCAGCCAUUGUCCUGUCAAACACCCUCAAUUUCACCGGGACUUUCGGAGUGA